AUGGGCGAGAGUCGCAUCGCUUCAUCCCUGGACGCUGGACACUGUCCUGUUGCUGCAGACUACCAGCCAGUCAGGAUAGACGCGAUUAUGGAGCAGCAAGGAGAAGACCAUGAUCAUCACUACGAGACCAGUUCUACUCAAAAGACACAGUGUGUUGGCGCAGCUUGGACAAGGAAAGACCAGCUAGAAGACAUUGACGAAGUGGACGACGACAGCAGCAUCGAGUACACGCAGUACACGCUUGUCGGCACAGUCACACAUGUGAACGAGCAGCUGGAAGUGCAGGUGCAAGACAACAAGCCUUCAAACUGGCUACAGAAAGAGGCGCCGCGCAGUAACGAAGGCGAUGAUCAGAGUAUUGACUAUGAUGCUGCAUUUGAAUCUGCAGAAGAGACCAAUGAAGCAAUCCUCAACUAUCAAGCUGCCGAUGCUGAGCAAAACGACAUGAUGACCGUCGAGGUGAACCAGCAAAGACCUGUCUGGCCAUGGCAGAAGGUAUCUGCAGCGGUAACUUGCGAAACAGAUUCACCAAUGGGAGAACAUACCGGCUCACAAGCCUCCACUCGCCCAGAAGUCAGCAUGGUUCCAGCAGUCAGCGCACGAGGUCAGCGAAUGCCCUUCCAGUUUAGCGGUAGUAUCCGGAAAGCAACGGCAUCUCCUCAGACUGGACCUCAGGAGCCACCUGAACAGACUGUGUCGAGCGAGACUGCGUUCUCAGAUCAUCCUUCUGGCAACGCAAUGGAGCAUGACAGCGUAAAGGAAGAGCCAAAUCGAGAAGCCAUGCUAGAUGAUGAAGAAGUGUUCAAGGCAGACUGGCUUGCUAGAGGAGCACAGCUGGCACAAGCAUGCGCGGAGUUCACAACAGAUAUGGGCAAAUGCCGUGAAGCAAAAACAAGGAUGCUUGCGAUGCACAGGCAGAAGUAUGAGGAGCAACGAGAAAGGCUGUUGAUGCGAGAAGCGGGUUUAGUGGCUAAGCUUGCAAAGACCAAGCAAGAGCUCUCGAGCUUUCGACGGGGAGUUUAG